AUGGAUUCUUCAUCUUAUUCCGAGUCUACGUCGACGAAUGGUGGAGGAUCUGUUAUUCCAAUUUGCAAGCCUGAGUUGAGGCCUUAUGAAGGUCAAAAAUUUUCUUCCCUUGAAGAGGGAAUUUCCUUUUAUGAAAAGUAUGCUCAGGAAGCUUGUUUUGAUUGUCGAAGAUUUGGAAAUAGGUCUAGUGGUGGUGUUGUUAUUUUUCAGUAUGUUGUUUGCAACAAACAAGGUUUUCAUACAGUUGAUCCGUUGGAUGUCGAUGUAAGUAUAUCUGAGGAUGGGAAUGUGUCAGAUGAUGAUGAAGUAUCUUCAAAGAAGAAACGCAGACGUGGCACCAAAAGUUUGAAUGGUGUUCAUCACAAGUUUGUUGAAGAUUGCACCAAAGCUAACAUCGGUCUUAACUCAACUUUCAACUUAUUAAAGGAGUUUUUCGGUGGUUAUGAUGUUGUUAGGUGUACGUUGAAUGAUGUUAGGAAUUGUUUUCGUGAUAUUAAAGAGAAACUGAAAGAAGUGGAUGUUCAAAUGAUCCUAAAUCAGAUGCAAGAGAAGAAGAGAAUUUGUGAAGGCUUUUUUUACAAAUAUCAAUUAUCACCUGAUGAUAAUAAGUUAGUGAGCUUAUUUUGGUCUGAUGCUGAGUCUCGGAAACAUUACCAUAUGUUUGGAGAUGUUGUAGCAUUUGAUACAACAUAUUCGACAAACAGGUAUCGUAUGGUGUUUGGUCCAUUUACCGGGAAAGACAAUCAUGGGUGUUCUAUUGUGUUUGGAGCUGGUUUCGUAUCUGAUAAGAAUUGUGAUGCAUUUUCAUGGAUUUUCACUGUAUUUGUUGAAUGCAUGGGUGUUGCUCCAAGAAUCAUAAUCACUGACCAAGAUUGGGGAAUGAGGCUUGCCAUUGAGAAGUAUAAUAAUGCCAUUGAUGCUCAAAGGAAUCAAACUGAAAGGCUUGACUAUUAUGAUUCUGUAAUCACUCCAAAAUAUGUCACUGAUUUAGCAUUUGAGAAGCAAUUGGCAUCUGUAUACACAGAUAGGAUGUUUAGAGUGGUACAAGAAUUGAUUUCUGAGGCUGAUAAGAGUUGUCGGAUGAUUAGCAUGUCCACAUUGGAGAACAUCGAGGUCUUCAAAGUUUCUGAUGCUAGAAAGAAGACCUUUACAGUUACACAUGAGAUAGAGACUAAGUCAUAUGAAUGUGAGUGUAAACUAUUUUUAAGGUGUGGUUAUCUAUGCAGCCACAUUUUUUUCAUCCUCAGAAAUAAAGAUGUCAACAAUAUUCCAGAGAAAUAUGUUGGUAACCGUUGGCUGAAAACUGAAUUACUAAAGGCGAUUCAUGGUCUCACGAGUGAUGAAAGUGCGUCUGACAGAGGUUCUAACAAAGAUGAUAAACUACAGAUUGCUAACAGGUGUCAUGGACGUUACUUUGGUCUAUAUCAGCGUGCUUUUAGGAAUAAAGAUCAUUUGAUUGCUUUGGAUAAUUUGCUUGCGGGUAUUGGUCCUCAAAUCUUUAAAGAAGACUGUGUUGGAUCGUCGUCAGUUGAUAAAAAUGAUUCCAUCACGAACAUAUAUGGUAUUGUUGUACCUGAAGAAAUAACUGCACAUGCUCCAGAUGUGGUUAGUACAAAAAGAGGUGCAAGUGACAAGAAAAGCAGGAUUAAGUCAAGCAUAGAGAAAGCAAUUGAAAAAGCAAAUAAACCUCAUAGGCGUUGUGGAAAGUGUCAUAAAGUUACCGAUCAUAAUGCUAGAAGUUGUGGCAGAAAGCAGACAUGA